GCCAGACCAACGCAGAACUCAAUCUCGUGGAGAUUAUCACGCGGCGAUGAAGGCGCUCCUCCUGCUUCUCUUGUCGCUCUCGGUGGCCUCGGCCGUCGACUCGUCCAUCUGCGCUGCGCCCAAGUGCCUCCUCGGCAACCAGCCCGGCAACUUCGCGGUCGGCGCCGUUGCGCUCGACUCGUCGCCAUGCUACCAGAACAACGGCAACGAGCUGCCGGGCUGCUACGCGUAUGACCUUGCUGGCAAAUGCCCGCCCUUUCGCGGUGUGAUCGACUGCGGCAAGGUGGCGACGCCGGCGCCCACGACGACGCCGCCGACAACGACUGCCGCAUCGACGACUACUUUAGACUCCGUGACGCCGCCGCCGUCGACGAAGGAUGGCGGUGGCGCUGGCAGCAGCACGGACAGCGGCGGCUCGUCCAGUAGCAACAAGAUUUGGCCGUACGUCGUCGGCGGAGGCGUCGCGCUGGUCGCGAUCGCCGUCCUUGUGAUUGUCAUGGUGAAAAAGUCGUCGCGUACGAACGAGGAAGACGACCUCGAUCCGGUCGAGUACGCCAAGCCAAUCCCGACGUCGUCGUCGGGCAACUUUAAGGACGGCAACAUCAACGGCGGCAUGCCCAACCCGCGCCCGGGCUACAACAACUCGUUCUUGCAGGCCGACGUCGAGAAGAGCUACCCCGCGCGGGCCAACCCGUCAUUCAACCAAGGUCCGACCGCGCGCCAGAACCCGUCCUUUCUAAACCAGCCGCGCGCGCAGCAAGGCUACGGCAACGCGUUCCCGCAGGCGCAGGUCGUCCCGCCCAUCUACUCGCAGCAGCAGCCGACGAGCAACAACAACUCGCUCGGGCCGCACGCCGCGCCGCCGCGCCGCGAGUCGCGCGACAUGGCGCCGCCAGGUGCUGACCACGCGCCGCCCAAAGAGCAGUUCUAUGUUCCCCAGGUCGAACUUCACUUUGGCGAGCACGAAGAGCCGUCCGGGCGAAGGGAAUCGUAUGAGUUUUAGGACCUCCGCUCCGUAGCGUCGUUCGUGGCGUCGUCUGCGUACAGCAUAAACACACCAUUUGUCUCUUGCC